CGGGCGCGUGCGCAGGACCCGAUGGGUGCCCGGACGCGGAAGACCUGGCACCGCGGAGGUUCCCGCUUCUGAAGCGUGGGAGGCGGAAGAGGCGGCAGGUUGUAGAUUUUGGUCUUGGCCCCAAGGGGUUCCCCCGGGCCAUUAGAACCCAAGAGAGGAAGAGGAGGCACCGCGGCGGCGGCUGAGGGGCCGAACCCCCCACCUGUCCCCCAGGCGGGGUGGGGGGGUAGGGAGGGGAGAAGCACCCCUCACAGGGCUGAGGAGCCUUCGGGACCGGGUCCUAGAGCAUGGGGGGCUGGACCGGGUCCCCGAGCAUGGGGAGCUGGAGCCGUCGAGGCCACCCGGCCGGGCCCUGCCCGACUGUCAGCUUUUCGGUGCUAGCGCUGCCCGGGCAGCUGCGGUGUUUCUAGCCCGGCCCCGCUUGAGGUCGUCGGCCGAAAGAUAGCAACAUGAGUUCCGCCGCUGCCUAGUUUCCUCCCCCUCCUCUUCUCCCUCUGUCCGCUUCCUUCUCCUUCCUCUCUCCUCUUCCCCAUACCUCGUCUUUUUCUUUCCCUCUCUCGUGUUCCUCUUUUCCCUCCACCCUGCCCUCCUCCUCCCCCUCGGUCCUCCUCCUUUCCCCCAUCUUCUUCCUUUCCCGAUCCUGUCCUUUUACCCUCUCUGUUUUCCUGCUUUUCCAUCUAUCCGCUUUUCCUGCCUCUUGCUCUUUUUCCCUCCAUUCCUCUUUCCUCCAUCCUCUUCCUUUAUUCUGUCACCGUCCACCACCACCACCACCUCCCUCUCCACUACCACCCCCCCUCCUCCUCCCCUCACUCACUGUCAUCCUCCCUUCCUCAUCCUCAUCCUCGUUCCCUCCUCCUCCUCUCCUGCUUUUCUCCGCCCCUCAGCCCCCGCCCCCAAGCCUCCGCCCCUUAGCCCCCGCCCCCAGCUGCCAGUCCCCAGCAGCUCAGUCCUGCAGUGAGAGUCUUGGGAGUCCAUAGCUAAGCACCAGGAGCUGAGCACUGUCCGCUGUGCCUGCCUGCAAGUCUCCGACAUGGCUCAGGAGAAAAUGGAGCUGGACUUUGAGCCUGAUGCAUCUGAUGGGGGCACCCUGAGGAGAUCCAGCAGCGCUCCCCUGAUCCAUGGGCUCAGUGACCUUUCACAGGUUUUUCAACCUUAUACCUUUAGAACUCGGAGGAAUAGUACAACGAUUAUGAGCCGUCAUAGCCUGUUGCUGUCCUCCUCGCCUAACCGUGUUCCUAGCAGCAGACUGCAUCAGAUCAGAAGGGAGGAAGGCAUGGAUAUGAUGAACAGGGAAACUGCACACGAACGGGAAGUGCAGACCGCAAUGCAGAUAAGCCAAUCAUGGGAUGAGAGCUUGAGCCUGAGUGACAGCGAUUUUGAGAAGCCGGAGAAACUAUAUUCUCCAAAAAGGAUUGACUUCACUCCAGUUUCUCCGGCACCAUCACCCACCAGAGGAUUUGGAAAGGUAGGCUCAUUGACAAGAUGCUAA